AUGGAAGAAAGACAAUCUUCAGUAAAAGGUUUAAGGGAUUACUUUUAAGGGAUUGCUGAAAAUCUAAAAUAAUAGAAUGAUAAUUAUUUAAUAAUCAAAUAGAACAGUACGAGUGUUCCCCCAUAGAGAAAUAGUAUAAAUAGAGAUUCUAUUAAAAUGAAUGUUCAAAAAAUGGAAUCAUUUAAAGGAAACAAAGGAGAUGAUGAAAAUUAUUUAAAGAUAAUAAAUUAAUUAAAAGAGAAGAUCAAAUAUUAUGAGCAAAGUUAAGAUAAUAAUGAGUAUUAAAAGCUUUAAGAGCGUUUUAAUGAUUAAAAAAUGCAAUUGUAACUCUUAUAAUAAAUGAAUGAUCAAUUAAAUGAAGAAAUUAUAAUAGCUAAUAAUACUAUUGCAAAUUUAGAGAAUCAAAUACAAAAAUAAGAACACUAAACUCAUAAUUUAAAUAAUACACAAAAAAAUCUUACUUAAAAAUUGAAAAUUGAAUAGAUUGAUAAAGAAAUAUAAGUUGAUUUAAUAUCUCCUCUUAUAGAAUAGAAUAAACUAUUAUUAGAGCGUUUGCAUGAAAAUCCUGAACCAAAAGGCAAAGAAUUAAUAAUAAUUAAUUCAAGUUAAGCUAUUGAAUUAAGAAGAUAAAUGGAAACGUUAAAAUAAGAAGUAACUAUUUAAUAAUUAUAUUAGCUUUGUGAAAGGUUAAAUCAAUAUAACAAUCUGAUUCAAAAUAAAUAAUUAUCAGAAAUAAAAAAAAGUAUAAAAAUAGAUAUUAAUCAAUUUCAUGAUACUUAUAUUUAAAUGUUUAGAAAUAUAAACAGGCCAAUCUAAAAUGUUGAGCAAGUAAGUAAAAUCUUAAGUCCAAUAUAUUAAGAUGAACUGAAUGAAUUCCUUGGAUAAUUAAGUGAUUUUUUAGAUAAAUUUAGGUUAGUUUCUAUAUUAUGA